CACUUCCAGGGAUGGGGCAGCCACAGCUUCUCUGGGCAACCUGUGCCAGGGCUUCACCACUUUCACAGCCAAGAAUUUCUUCCUAACAUCUAAUCUAAAUUUCUCCUCCUUUAGUUUAAGUCCAUUCCCCCUUGCCCUAUCACUAUCUGCCCAUCACUUUUUCUGUAAGUUUCAUUCUUCUUAUUAUUAUCCCUUAUUAUUUUUUGCGCCAAAGAACAUCAGAGGAGAUACUUGCACAGUCAUUUCUGUUGUUGCAAUAAAAUGCUACCAGUAACAGAUCUGCAGCAUUGGCAAGGGAGGAGCCAGUUUCCAUGGUUAGUGAGCACAACAGACCCAUGGCAAAUGUUCACUGUGAGCUGGAUUUUAGCAGCAACUCCCUUCAGAAAGGCUUUAGGUACAAGUCCUUUAUAUAAGUCCUUUAUAUAAAGGGUUGCACUUGGCUCCAGAUUUCCAUGACUACAGACCAAAUGUCACUAUCAGUCUGUGAUCACCGGUGCUGCUUGAUCUAUUAAAACAGCCCUGAGAGGAGCUGAUACAUCAGUGAACAUCCACCAAACACCUGUUGCUCUGUUACCAGGCGCCUUUCUGAAGGGUGCAGCAUGACAGAGCUCCACGAAGCCGUGGCUUUGGGGGACUACGACCUGGUGGAAAAGAUUUUGAAGGCAGGACGCUGCGACCCAAACCACAAGGACGUCGACUGGCACGACAGGACCCCACUGCACUGGGCUGCUGCCAAAGGGCGGUCGGAUCUGGUCAAGCUCCUCGUGGAUCACGGCGCCCGGCAUUGCCUGCGGAGCGACGUGGGCUGGACUCCGGCUCACUUUGCCGCCGAGUCGGGGAGGCUGAGGGUGCUCCGCACCCUCCAUUCCCUGCACGCCGCCAUGGAUGCAGCCGACCUCUUUGGCGACACUCCCAAGAGGCUUGCGGAAAUCUACGGUCACCAGGACUGCUCCAAGUUCUUGGAGAAGGCAGAGGUGGAGAGCAGAAACUACCGCACGACAGCUGCAAUGAAAGGAAUCCCAUUAGACCAGAGAGAUGAAGACUGGGAACAAAAGAAAGAGGAGCUUGGGAGAAACCCACCAUGUUUUUGGAAGAACUGCACAACCUCUACUCCAAAGAAAAACGGGGGAAAAAAGGGGAAGCAGUAGUUUGUCCUGUCUGUUUGGUGCCUCUGAGCAUGUGAAAUGCAGAGCAAAGGCACUGGCAGAUCUCAGGUGAAUCUGCAGGGUGAUAUACACGUGAAUGGGGGAAGCAAAUGCCCACAAGGAUGUGUCCUUGAGAUAUACUGCAAACAACGUCCUUAACAGGGAAGAGUUAGAAGGGCUUCUGUCUUUCUGUGUGUCUCUAUGUAUCAGAUUUCAAAUAUCAAAAAACUGCAGAAUAUGUUUAAAUAUACCAAUACUCUAAAUCA